AUGGCAGAGACAGUAUCGACAAUGAAUAAUACACCACCAUCCACCACAAUCGUUCAAAUUAAUGUCAAACAAGAAUGUCCAGUACAAUAUGUAACUGUAUACAAUGAUCGUGCAGAAUUAACACGUCUUGUUCGAUAUCAUUUCGAUAAUGAAGGCACUUAUGAUCUUGUUCUCCAAGGUUUAUCAUCUUGUGUCGAUCUAACUUCAUUUCAUGUUAGCGGUGGAACAGGCAAAGCAUGUACUAUUCUGGAAGUUUCCUAUCAAACACGUUACGAAGAUUCAUCGGCAUCAUUAUCCGAUACAACACCACUCGAUCAAUUGCAAACACAAUUAGAUGUUGUUCAAGCAGAUGUCGAUGAACAUGCUCAAGAACUUGAUCGACUUAAAAAGCAACGAACAUGGCUCGAUGGAAGAGCAUCAAAACUGAUGAAUCAAGAAGGACCUAUGAGUACAAGAUCAAAAGCUGAAAUGAGUUUUUCGAGCACUAGUUUUACGAUUCCUCGUCGAUCAACUAUCAAUGCCGAUGGUAAACCACACAAAUUGACCAUUGGUGUGCUCGAUCUCGUUUCAACAUUUAGUUAUACAAUUGUUCCUAAAUUAUCAUUACAUGCCUAUUUGAAAGCAUCAACUCUGAAUACAUCUGACAAAUAUCUUUUAGCUGGUCCUGCAUCUAUUUUCAUGAACAA